GUGUGCUUCAGUAGCCGACGACGGCGAGAGGGUUGACCGCGGAUCUCAAAAUGUACCGCUCGCCUCCACCUUCGCAGGUGUUGCCGAAUCGUAUUAUACUAGAGUGUGACGCCCACACGGCAUUUCGUCUCGCCUAAACUUAUCUCGGCAACGGUUAAACUUUUGAAUUCGCGGCAACUUAGGGUUUAAAAAGUUUAAAAUAAUAUAACACUGCGAUAUAAUUUCGACGGGCGGGAAAACAAACAAAAUUAUAAAAGGCCCGCGUCCGAUUGCCGUCGAGCGAAAGAGAUGGAAUCGAGUUUGCACUCCUCGUUUGUGCACCAAUCGAGAAAAAAUUCAAUAAAGCCCGCUUCCUUUUGUCUAAUUGCCUAUGUACACCUACUUAUAAUACGGACCGUGCUCGCGGCUCGCUUCCUGCGACAUUUCGAGGAAAAAAUGGAGCAUUGCCCUGUUGUUUCGCGCGAAGUCGAUUGUUCAAAAUGCUGUGUCAGGAAAUGCCCGGCUACGGAGGUUACGAAUUUAAACGCGAGCCGGCGUCCGAGUGCGACGACAGUAGCUCACAAUCUGCACAUGACUUCUUCUACCAUCAGUCCACCCCGCUGCUGGCCGCCGUGAAGGUGGACGCGGCCGAGCAAGAUGUUUCCUCGCACGUUAUGCAUCACUUGCAGGUGGGUGUGGGUCUGGAGCUGUGCCCGCUCACACCCGCAGCGCCCGCCGCGACGCCGGUGCGCGCGCGCCGCACACAGCACGACGCGUCCGCCUCGCCCGCCUCGCCCCGCUCACCACACGCCGCGCACUGCUUCGAGACCCUCGAGCCCGCCCGCGCCGACACAGGCACUACACUUCUAGAUCGUCACCUGAGGUUGAUCGCGGACUCCGCGGAGCCCGACCUCAUGCCUCUGCUGCCCGUCAAGGACGAACCGCUCUCGGAGGGUGAGCAGCAGGUGCCGAGCGACGAGACGAGCUCGUGCGGCGGGGACAGCCCGCCCGGCCCGCGCGCCUGGGGCCCGCGCGACAUGCAGCGCGCGCUGCAGGCCCUGCGCGACCGCCGCAUGACCCUCACCAAGGCGUCGGCGACUUACGGCAUCCCGUCGACGACGCUGUGGCAGCGCGCGCGGCGGCUCGGCAUCGACACGCCGAAGCGCGAGGCGGCCGCGCGCAGCUGGGGCGAGGCGGAGCUGCUGGCCGCGCUCGCCGCCCUGCGCGCCGGCACGCUCUCCGCCAACAAGGCCAGCAAGGCGUAUGGUAUCCCGAGCAGCACGCUGUACAAGAUCGCGCGGCGCGAGGGCAUCCGGCUGGCGGCGCCGUUCAACGCGGCGCCGACGCGGUGGCGACGCGGCGACUUGCAGCGCGCGCUGGCCGCCAUCCGGUGCGGCGCCGCGUCUGUGCAGCGCGCCGCGGCGCAGUUCGGCAUCCCGUCCGGCACGCUGUACGGCCGCUGCAAGCGGGAGGGCAUCGAGCUGUCGCGCGCCAACCCCACGCCCUGGUCCGAGCGCGCCAUGGCCGAGGCGCUGGAGGCCGUCGGAGUGGGUCGGAUGUCCAUAAACCAGGCGGCGAUCCACUACAACCUGCCGUACUCCUCGCUGUACGGCCGCUUCAAGCGCUGCAAGUACCGGCCGCAGUGCGUGCAGUACCAACAGUCGGACGCACAGAAUUACGAAGUAGAUGAGCAGAUGCAGCCGAGGCGGGAGUCGGCAGGUUGGUGUCCGGUGACGCAGGCGAGCUGCAGCGGGGCGGGGGAGGAGCGGGGCGAGGUGGUGUACAGCCAGCUGGUGGGCGAGGCGCACGGCGUGCUGGAGCACUGGCCGGACUGCGCCCCCGCGCUGCUCCACGCGCCCGGCUACAGCGGACUCGCCACCAGUUGAGGUCGACACGUCGCCCACGUAGUAUAAUAAUACAAAAAGAUGUAAUGAAAGUAUACAGUAAGUUGUCUUACAAAACUGUACUACGUAUUUGAUACACUCGGUGUGUAAUUUACUUUAAUUUAAAGAACCUGCUUAUUGAUCAGUAGCGCGAUGUCGAAAUCUUUGGGUUUACUUUUCACAUUACAUUUUUCCUAUCCGUCCAUGUUUUUCACAUAUUACGUCUUCUGGAUGAUAUUUAAUAGGUCAUUAUAAGUAUUAUUCUUGUAUUCUAUUUCUCUUAAACUCAUUAUGUUUCUAUCACUUUUUUACAAUUUCAUGUAACAGUGGCGCCAUGUGACGAAAUCAAUAACUACAAACAGCGCCAUCUAUCUGUCAGAACGACAGUUGUAACGACUCACAACAACUUACAACUGCAUUAUGAAUCGAAGCAAUAAUGUAUUAUUUAGAAUGUAAAUAAUUUCAUAUAAUCUCGCUUAGAUUGUAAAUAUUGUGAAUCACAGACGUACAAAUAUUUUUGAUGUUAUUAUUUUUAGUUAUAAUUGCGGUUAUAUACAAUUUGUUUAUUUGGCGUUUUGACCAUCAUUAUUAAGUAAUAAGACCUAAAUGAUGUAUGUAAACUUUCAAUUUGUAAGAACAUGACGCUCGUGUGGUUAGUGAGAUAUGAAUUCACAUCAUUUCUAUAUAUUUGUGUGAGUGAGCUAGUUCAAUAAACAUGUACUGUGGUUUACAUAUGAAGUGGUAAGCUGUACGCUGCGUACAGUUGUCGAAUUGUUCCGUGCCAUGUUUAGUUUAGAAAAUGUGCAUUAGUCGGUGUGAAUGUUAUAAAUCUACUAAUUAACUGAAUUUUGACAAUUUAUUUUUCAUUCUGUCUUCAAGUAACAAGAAGGCCUUUGAUCACGUGUCAUCAUUUUAAUUUUAUCAAACAUAACAAUUUAUAAAUAGAAUAUUUGAUAUUUUUUUUAAUGUGUAGCUUACAUUAGAAACCUCUACUUAAUGCAAAACAUUUUUAUGACAAAAUUUAGAUUUUUCAAAAGUAAAAAUAUGCAACGCAAUAAAUUUGUCGAAAAUUUAACGAAAUACGUAAAUAUGUGAUAGGAUAAGUUUAAAUUUGUCCCCGAUGAUGUUCGGAUAAUUUAAGAUUAAUAAAUAUUUUUAAUAAUAAGUUUAUUGAAUUAUUUUAAAUUUUACGUAACGUCUUUCAAAAAUUCAUUUCAAGUAACA